AUGCGAUCUUACUUCCUAGCGCUGGCCGCCCUAGCAAGCGCCUCGACCCUUACUCCUCCUGUUCUCCCUCUGAUUGUUCGAAAUCCGUACCUAAGCACCUGGCUAGGGAAUGCCCGCAAUGCGCCCUGGGAAGAUUGGCCCAUGUUCUGGACGGGAGCCCAUGUCGGCUUCUCGGUUAUGGCGUCUGUGUCCGGCACUACCAAGGUCGUCUAUCCCCUCCUCGGACGGCCCCAGGACUCGCUGGACAAGAGCAGCCCGCUUUACAACAUCUCGUACCCAGAGUACCUUGGCGCGACCUUCGACGCUUCGACGACAAACCUUACAUACGUGAUCCCCGGCUCCUCGGCCGACGAGUCUGUCCGCCUGACGCUUUCGUUCCUGUCGCCCAUCACGCCGUCUUCGACCUUGAGACAGUCGAUUCCUGCUGCAUAUCUCACCGUCUUUGCUGAGGGCGGCUUCGAUGUCGAUGUCUAUACCGAUGUUAAUGGGGAGUGGGUUAGCGGAGAUAGGGGGAAUGUGAUCGAGUGGGAGCUGUCUCAAGCAGCCACCAAGUCGACCACGGCCAUCAAGACGUGGAAGGUGUCGCGCAGCAUCGAGCAAAUCUUGACCGAGUUUUCCGAUCGUGCCGAAUGGGGAACCCUUCAUUUCUCAGCCCCAGAUGACGCGGGUCACCAGAGCGGAUCGUCUGCCGUCCUUCGCCAGCAGUUUGCCCAGAAGGGAUACUUGAAGAACGAGAUCGAUAACGGCUUCCGCCGUAUCAUGGAGGAGGAGCCCGUCUUUGCCUUUUCGAAGUCGUUUCAACUGGGCGGAAAGGUCAAGGGCGGAUCGCCCAAGAAAGAAGAUAGCCUCGGGCUCACGUUUGCUCUCGUCCAAGACCCUGUUGUCCAGUUCGCCGCAGCAAGGGGGCUGACUCUUAUGCGGCCUUUGUGGCUGUCAUACUUUGACUCGGCCGACGACCUGAUCAGCUACCACUAUGACGACUUCAAGACGGCAUCCUUUCUAGCUAGAAACUACUCCGAUACUCUUGCCCUGGACGCUUUCGAGUCUGGCUCUUCGGAUUAUCGAGACAUCGCCGCCCUGUCUGCUCGCCAGGUCCUCGGUGCUACACAGUUUUCUGGGACCCCGGAGGACCCUAUACUUUUCCUCAAAGAGAUAUCUUCAAAUGGCAACUUCCAGACAGUGGACGUAAUCUUCCCCGCCUUUCCUUUCUUCCUGUACACCAACCCAAGGUGGCUGGCGUACCUACUCGAGCCGCUGCUGGAACACCAGUUGAGCGGCCAGUACCCGAACAAUUACAGCAUGCACGACCUCGGAGCUCAUUUCCCCAACGCCACUGGGCACGGUGAUGGCAAUGACGAGUACAUGCCGGUUGAGGAGUGUGGAAACAUGCUCAUCAUGGGUCUUGCUCUAGCUAAUGCCCUGAGGUACAAUACUGAACCAGCUUUUGUGUCAGCUGCCUCGGGCUACCAUGCGAAGCCCAUCGCCGGUGCGACGGACUGGCCGCAGACGGUCGACAAGUAUGGAAUCGACUUACCGCGGGGCGUAAGAGUGGCAACUGGGCCGAAAGAAGCAGAAAAAUGGCUUGAGCAUUCCUACGACCUCUGGGAGAAGUGGACAGGCUAUCUCGUCCGGGAGUCGCUUAUCCCGCACAACCAGUUGUGUACUGAUGACUUUGCUGGUUGGCUGGCUAACCAGACAAACCUCGCGCUGAAAGGCAUCAUUGGUAUCAAGGCCAUGGCAGAAAUCGCCGACAUUGCGGGCAAAGACGAGGAUGCAAAGCGGUACCGAAACAUCUCAGACACUUAUAUCGAGAAGUGGCAGGAGUAUGGCAUAUCGAGGGACCAAACCCACGCAAAGCUGGCGUAUACUUGGUAUGGCUCCUGGACGACCAUAUACAACCUCUAUGCGGAUUCUCUCCUCUGUUUCCACAUCCUAGACAACCAGGCUACUACCCAAGCACGCCAAAAGGGCGCUGGCUGGUUUGGGCAGAAGCCAAUUGCAGAAGUGGCAAGCGGAACAUUUAUACCAGACAAGGUGUACCAGAUGCAGAGCGACUGGUACCACGCCGUUCUUCAAAACUACGGACUACCUCUCGAUUCCAGGCACUUGUAUACCAAGAGCGAUUGGGAGUUCUUCGCCGCUGCUGUGACAAGCAAGAAGACGAGGACGGAGAUACUCGGUACCAUUGCCAAGUGGGUGAACGAGACAGCAACUGAUCGCCCCCUGUCGGAUCUCUACGAGACGGAGGGCGACGGAGGGUUUCCCGGCAUCUAUUUCAUGGCAAGGCCUGUAGUUGGCGGCCACUUCGCCUUCUUGGCGCUCGAGCGGGCAUGCGGUGGGAAGGCGGUAGAAGCCCUCCGAUUCUUGGAUAACAAGGCGCCAGCAAUGAUUAAUGUUGGACAGGUGCUGCUCGCAGAUAUGGCCGAAGGCUUGCUUACACAGGCAGUCUCGGACGGGUGGGAUGAUGAUCUCUGA